AGACGAAUAGGUGGUGUGUAUACACAUCCAUCGGAUUUUACGUUGAUUUGUCCGAUAGAACGCCAGUGGCAACAGUUUUCCUUCGUCUUUCUGAAAAGUGAUUUUCUUUCGAUCGAAAAUUGUCUUAAUUUUCACAGUUAAAUUGUGGGAAAAAUGGAAAAUUCUAAUGGCAUCGAUCGGUUGUAUGCCGAUUUGUGUAAUAAAUUGCGAAAAAUGGGCAAAGCAGCCUCCUUUUGUCAGUUAAUUAAAAGUGCUGUGUCCGACCUGGACCGUAUCUAUAUAUUGAACAAAGAUUGCAAUAUCGUUCCCGAUUUAUUGAAAGUGGUGAAAGAAUGCAGGAAAAAUAAUUGCAAAGACCCACAAAGGGCACGAGCAUUUUUGGAGACGUACUAUGUCCAAAAAAGUGAAUGCAAUCAAUCGACAGUCGAAAGUGGAGAUCUAAUUAAUCUACUUAAUUCGGCACUGAGUCACCUACGAGUGAACGAACAACUUCAGUUCGAACAGUUCGAUAGUUUUGCUAGUAGUGGAAUUGAGUCGCUAGAAAAUUUGUUCGUCGACAGUGACGACGAUGUGUCUGAUUCUGUAUCGGAAAGUUCGUUAUUGAGUGACAUAUACAGAGAACGGGCAGGUUGUUUCUACGAUUUGGGUGAUCAUAAAAUGACUAUCGUUGAAUCAAUACGUGCGAUACGCUACUCUAAAUUCAGCAAAGUCAAGCCACACGAGAACCUCUUUUUGCUGCUAUUCUGUAUAAGCAGAUCGUUAAGACAUUUAAAUCAGUGGCAAGGGGCCACAAAUGUUAUUCAAUUGUCCAUCAAAUUGUUGCGGGCGUCUCAUCUAGAUAAUGCGAAGAAAUCGGUGGAAACGAUGAAAUUUGUAAGCCUUCUCAAGGAAAUACAAAUGGGUUCCAAGGCACAAGGAGGGGACGAAAUACAGUUAAAUUUAAACUCGUGUUUAAAACCGGGGAUCGAAAAUCUCCCGACAGUAUUCGACUCCAUCAGUGAUACCUUAACAAACACGUCCAGAAGCUUGCAACUGAAAUGGCAAGAAGAUCGAGGAAGACAUCUGAUUGCAACGAAAACGAUCCCUUCCGGUUCUACACUGAUAAUCGAACACCCGUCUUCUUGGAUCGUUCAUCCGAACCAGUGCCACUCAUUUUGUCAGCAUUGUUGUCGAGAAAUUAAAAAUCUUGUCCCGUGUAAUGAAUGCUCCAGCGUGGUUUUUUGUAGUGUUGAAUGCCGUAAUGAGUCCCAGGCAUACCAUUCAUUUGAAUGCGAUUUUAUCAACAUGUUGACGACUUCGAAAAUACUUGGCGAUAUGGCCCUGCUGUGUUAUCGAACUGUGUGCACAAUGGAAUUUCCGUUGUUGAUAUCUCACAUUCGUGAAUAUCAUCGUCUCGCAGAAGAAGUCAAGCAAGGCAAUUCAACAAGCGAACAAAUGUUCCGAGAUAAAUUUGUCUUGGGCUUGAACGAAAGCUCGAAAUUAGAUUCCAGUUGCUAUAACGCUGCAUUUGCACAGACUACGAAUACAGAUGCUAGAGUAGGAGGCGAUCUUCUAAAAAGGAGCUUCUCAGCCGUGCUACUUACCAUUUGUCUGAGACUCGCUGGCUACUUUGAAAAUAGCGAGGAAAUUGAAUCCGAAAGUAGACUUACUGUAACGGAAGAACUUAUCGCGUCUGUGUUGCUACGACAUUUACAGAGCACCAGCUGUAAUGCUUACGGCAUAAACAAGGUCAGCGGGUCCGAUCCUCGUCGUCUGCAAGUGAACGACAUCGGCGGUGCUACCUAUCCAAUCAUUUCGACAACGAAUCACAGUUGUAACAGCAAUGUGUAUCGGUUCAGUGUAGGGAAGGUGUGCAUUGUCAAGGCCUUACGAGAAAUUCAAAGCGGAGAGGAAAUAUUGGACUCUUAUGGCCCGCACUUUGCAUCCAACCUAAUCAACGACAGAGUCGGACUGUUGAAAGGGCAGUAUCUGUUUAGUUGCAAUUGUUCGGCUUGUUUCGAAGACUGGUCGUUGUAUGCAAAGCUGCCGAAAGAAAAUCCUCGCUUAAAAUGUACGAAUUGUGGGAAUGGGACGUGCACAAAGAAAAAAGAUAAAUUUGUGUGUCGAGAAUGCGGAAGCGAAUUAGAUUCGACAAAAUUGUUGAAAACGGUCACCGAGUGCGUAGGACAAUAUCAAGCUGCUAAGCAACAGUUGUUAGCUGCGAACAAGGAUUCAAAAAUUGAUUACAAGCAGAUUGAAGAUGCCAUCGCUGAAUACGGCACUGUUUUAGAGCGAACUCAGAAGUGGCCGUGUCAGGUGCUUAUAGAAUGCCAAGAGACAUUAAAACUAUGUUGGAAUUUACAAAAUUCAUUUUAAUGGUUGCGAUUACAGCAACGCUGAUUUUACCAUGAAAAGACAAAAUUUUCGUUUGAAUAAAAUUUCAAAUUUUGAUUGAAUUCACCUGUGUGUUUUCCUUCUGCGACGACGAACAUACAACAGCUGCACUGUUGCUUGGCACAUGAGAAUUAUAUUUCAAUGUCAUGGCAUGGCGUGCAGUAAAUUGUUUGACUACGGUUUUUUUCUCAUAA